AUGGAGGGCGCUACCCUCACGCAAAGGAACGGCCCGAAGGCACCGGCAGCUCCCCAAAAAGUCGAGAAGGACAACACCGAGUAUUCAAAGUCCCAUCCCGCAGGCGCCGUCAAGCACAGUCCGGUUGUGCAGGUCUUGAGAUUGUUAGGAGUUGUCUUUUACUUCUUCUUCACUUGUCUGUCCAUAGUAAUUACCCAAUUCCUCGGCGUACCAUUGUACUGGAUCAGCCGCGACUGGUACUAUGCGUACAUGUCCUUGACGAAAGAAUCAUUUGGUAUCGCGGUUACAACGUUGACUCAUUGGUGGGCGCCGACGGUGGUGAGGAUUAGUGGGGAUGCAUCUGUGGCAGGAGAAUUAUUACAGACUGGGGAUGGAAGAGUGGAAUGCCGGUUUCCAGAUCGGUUGAUUAUGAUAGCAAACCACCAGAUAUACACCGACUGGUUAUAUCUCUGGUGGGCCGCUUAUACCAACCAACCUCACAUGCACGGGCAUAUUUAUAUCAUUUUAAAGCAGUCGCUAAAGCAUAUCCCAAUUGUUGGAUGGGGGAUGCGAUUUUACGGAUUCAUCUUCAUGUCCCGAAAGAUGGAGACGGAUCGACCCAGACUGGCGCAUAGGAUGAAUGUUUUGAAGCAGGUUCAUUCAGGUCCUAUGUCAGGGACACCAGGACUUGAUCCGAUGUGGCUUCUUCUCUUCCCAGAGGGUACGAACUUUACCAGAAAUACGGCCAAAAUCAGUGCACGCUUUUCCGAGAAAGCCAACAUUCCUAAUGUUGAAAAUGCACUUUUACCACGUGGUACUGGUUUAUACUUUUGCUUAAAGGAGCUGGAGGGUACGGUAGACUUUAUAUAUGACUGCACUAUUGCGUACGAGGGUGUCAAAAAAGGACAUUUUGGUGACGAGCUAUAUACGCUCCGCUCGAUAUACCUUCAAGGUCGCCCACCGCCAUCAGUAAACAUGCAUUGGCGGAAAUUCGCAAUCGCGAAAAUCCCUCUUGAAAAUCAAGUGUUAUUUGACAAAUGGUUACAAGACCAAUGGCAUGAAAAGGAUGCUCUUUUAGAAACAUAUUUAAACACAGGACGCUUUCCCGGCGAAGAAGCCGCGAUACACGGCAGCGCUGUCAAAAGUCCAGAGGACAACUUCAUCGAAACCGAGGUCAAGCUUGCGAACUGGUGGGAGCUGUUUAACGCGUAUCGUAUCCUUGCUACUUUUGGCAUGAUCUUUUGGCUUUUACCUAGACUUUGGUCUUCGAGAUGA